AUGGUCACUACUACUACUACAGUCAUGAGGUGCUCUCCCGGCAACGCUUUCUUCAGAAUUCUCAAACCCAUUUCUCGAAUUCCGAAUCUUCCCAAUUCUCUUCCACUCUCUUCAUCAUCAACACCGAUCAUCAAAGGUGGGAGAGCAUAUGAUGCAUUGCUGUUGGAUGCUGGAGGUACUCUCUUGCAGUUGACCAAUCCUGUUGCAGAUACUUAUGCCGCUAUUGGAUCCAAAUAUGGUUUGACUGUGAAUCCAGCUGAGAUAAAACAGGGAUUUAAGAGAGCAUUUACUGCUCAGUGGCCUGAAAAACUACGUUACCAGGGUGAUGGGAGGCCAUUUUGGAAAUUUGUGGUUUCUGAAGCCACUGGUUGUGGAGACGAUGACUUUUUUGAGGAAGUUUAUGAGCACUAUGCAAAAGGUGAUGCAUGGCAUCUUCCAAAUGGAGCUUUUGAAACAAUGACUCUUCUCAAGGAUGCUGGAGUUAAGAUGGCUGUGGUAUCCAAUUUCGACUCCCGCUUAAGGAAGCUAUUGAAGGAUCUUAACGUUUUACAUCUAUUUGAUGCUGUCAUUAUAUCAUCUGAGGUUGGAUAUGAAAAACCAGACCCAAGAAUAUUUCAAGCUGCUCUAGAUCAAGUAAAUGUAGAGGCUGGCAAAGCCUUACACAUUGGAGAUGAUCUAAAGGCAGAUAAACUGGGGGCCAAUGCUGUAGGGAUAGAUUGUUGGUUAUUGGGUAUUGAUGUGAAGACUUUCUCUGAAAUACAAACCCGCAUCCUCAGUCCAGAGGCUUAA